UUUCAACUGAUUUGCACCAUCCACAAACACACAAAGUACCAGUUUACUACCAUCCACGCUAUUAAAAUGUUCAGGGCCGCUACCAGAUUUGCCAGAUUGGCAGUGCCAAUGGCUGCUCGUCCAGCCUUACCAUUGAGAACUGCCUUAGUACAGAGACGUGCCCUCUCCGAGGGCAAGAAAGGCGUUUCUGAGUUCGCCGAGAUGGUCAAGAACAGUCCAGAGGUGAUGUCCAAGUUGGUUGAGUUGAGACGCUUCAUGUCCGACAAGGGCUAUGAUACCUUGGAGUUCAACAAGUCCACCUUGAUGAAGAUGAUGAUGGACGGCGAGAUCAGAAGCAAGUUGCAAGAGGUUGCUGGCGAGUUGGAAAAGACCGGCAUGGACCCAACUCAGUUUGACUUUAAGGAAUUGUACAAGAACUUGAAGGAGUAGAGGUGUACGAAGGCCCGAAGGAGUGGGAAGCUUGAGCGCUCAGUACGUUUGUGUGAUUUGUACGAAUAGAAGGAUAUUUAUUGGCGAUGGCGGGAUGUAGGUUAUUUUGAACUUGUAUCAACUCUAGUUGGUAUGGGUAAAUCCGUGAGGAAGAAUUAUGGAAUUAAAAGGAGCUUGAUUAGAGCCAAAACUGUUUCUCAGGAAUGAGGCAUGGAAGGCUGCGGCAUUGUUUGGUGCGACUGUGAGCACAGACUCUGGAGACGAUCAUUAUUAGGGAAAACUGACAAACAUCCGCGACGCAACGGUUUACCUACACUUCAAU